UUUGGGUGCGGAGCGCGGGACUGAGCUGUGCCAAACCCGGAGCGUGCGAGCCCACAAGCCCGGGGCUCCGAGCCCAGUGCCCCGGGAGAAGGAGCCGGGAGCGCCUGCGGCGGACGCGGGGGCAGCGAUGGCUGCCCAGGCAGGGAUCUGGUGAGCGGGGCCGGCGGCCAAAACGAGAUAAGAUCAAGAUGACCACAGUGGCCCCAUUGGGCGGUGCCACCUUUCCAGGAAAUGAGACUGCGAUGUCCACGGAAGACUUCCUCUAUAAGAGCUCGGGAGCCAUUGUUGCAGCCAUUGUGAUCGGCGUCAUUAUCAUCUUCACCGUGGUGCUCGUCUUGCUAAAAAUGUACAACAGAAAAAUGAGAAUGAGACGGGAAUUGGAACCCAAGAGCCCCAAGCCCACCUCCCCUGCGUCUACCACGGGCCAGCCCGGCAACAGCAGCGUCAACCAGCCCACCACCGUCACCUUCAUUCCUGUAGACAUUCACAUGGAGAAUCGAUGACCAGAGAGGCUUCCUCUGGGGUCCUCAGCCAGAUCGCCUGCAUCCCUUCAGAUGGGCCCUCGCUGAUAAGAAGGACAACAAAGAGCCAGAUUCCUGGCAGAGUUUGCAUCAAGCUGACGAUGGCAUUUCUGUAUGGGGAUGGAGCUGGGGACAAGCCAUAACAAUCUCUCCUUCCCCCUAGUUAAAAACCUAAGUGACCCCCGCAACUUCCCUAACAUCGACUCAGUGGCAAACUAUGUCAGCUGUGUAUUAACAUUUAUGUUAUCCUUUUCCCCCAAUCUCUGUAGCUGGUUCAAAGGGACAAUGAAUCUUAGAAGGCUGGAGGCAGAAAGGGACUUUAGAAUAGACAGUGAUCAUAUGGAUCCAUCUUCUUAGAUUUUAGAUCCUCAGAAUUGAAAAAAAAAGCAUUUGAACAGAGGGUAUCUGAUCCAGAAAACCCCUUGCAUGGUCCUGUGAGCAGCAUCUUGUCCCUGAAGCCCAUAGGCUUCUACCUACUGAAUACAAGAUGGCAGCCUUUUGUCUGUUAUUGCCUAGCAGGAGAGCUCACGCCUCUCUCAAGCUAGGAGAAGCCAUGAAACAGGGAUGGUGACCAUCCCCAGGGCUUGUAUGGGUUAGGAGUAUGCCAGUCUUGUCUCCAUAAAAGGACCUCAUACUGUACAGUUCACCUUAGCUCAAGCUGGAGUCGCUGGGGGGACUGUGCCAAAAAGCGAAUGUGGUUGUUCUAUGGAGAAAGUUCCUGAGUUCCAAUCCAACCUCAGGCAUUUGCUAUCUGUUCAACCCUGGCCAAGAGAUUUCAUUUUUCUAAGCCUCAGUGCCUUCAUCUGUAAAAGAGGAAUCAUGAUAGCACCUUCCAUCAUUGGGCCAUUGGAGGGUGCAGAUGAGAGAACAUUGUGCUUUAGAGAUGGGAGAUGAAGGCCAAGGAUGAUGGUUGUAUGCCAUCCGUGCUUGGUGGCUCAAUCAGCCAACAGCAGCUUUUCCACAAAUUUCACACCAGAACAAAAUCGUAGGCGGAAGCCAAAGACGCAGGAUGUCUGACACUAGCUCAGAAGGGCCGACCUCUCCAGGAAGCUGGAUAGUGAUUCCCUUGGCACCUCACGAGGGACAGGAGGGAAGGCUGGGGUAUUCCAUCCCAUCCCUCCCCUCAGCCACCUUGCCCAGAGUUGUUACUGCCUUUUGACUCUGGAAAAGAGAACCUUCCAGGGAUUAGCUCUUGAGUUCAACCCUCGGUGCUCAUUUCUGUCCAUUACAAAUGCAGACGUUCACUAUUCCCUAAUCCCUUUGAUCCUGAUCUUGGUGUUCUGGAUCAAUGACUGGACUUAGAGUCAGGAAGAUCUGGGUUCAGUUGUGUGACUUAUGGACCUAAGUUCUGAGCCUCAGUUUCCUCAUCUGAAAAAUGGAGAUAUAUCACCUACCAUACCUGCCUCAUGAGACUCUUAAUAGGAUCAAAGGAGAGCAUUCAUGUAACAUGCUUUGCAAACCUCUAAAUUCUCUAUAAAUCUUGGUUCUUAGUAUUUUCAGAAAAGGGCUUUGGAAUGGGAAUAAUUGGAACAUGGAACCCUGCCUAGUCAUUCCCCCUUUGUUCUAGGUUAGGAAGACAGCAUAGUGUAGGGGAAAGUGCAUCAGUCAUAGAUUCAGGAAGACCUAGAGUCAAAUCCUGCAUCAUAUACUAUUGUAUGACCCUGGGCAAGUCACUUUACCUCCAGAUGCCCUAGGCAACUCUCAAAACUGCAAGAUGCAAAGAGAUGUCAUCCUGUGUUGGUAAAGGGAAUUUCCUCCUCUGGAGUUCACUAUGUCACUGAAAUCAUAGCUCCUAUCCCUGUCCCUUUAUUGAUUGAAAGAGUGGGAGGGAGGGCACAAGAGAAAACAGAUGGUUAUGGUGAUGAUAGGGAAGGCUUGGGCAGUGCCUCUGGCUUCCGUGGUCCUCAUCGGGUUUUGAUCUUCACGAAGCCCCAGUGAGAUAGAUAGAGCAAGGAUUAAUGUCCCCAUUUUACAGAGCAGGAAACUGAGGCACAAAAAAGCCACUUGUUCAGAUGUACACAGUUAAGGCCAAGCUGGGACAUGACCUCAAGUCCUCUGGCUCUUCAGUCCAUUAACUGAAGCUCCCACUGAGCUUUACUGCAUCUUGUACAAGCAGAGGGUGCUGUGAGGAGAGAGGAUUUUUACCAAUUUGUUUUAGGUUUUAUGUUUAAUAAAUAAACAACCCAACCCAAUCCCCAAUUUAUUUUUAGUUGAAAAUUGUAGGGCUUAUUCUGGGAGGGAGAUGAGCUCUUGACUUUUAAAUGCCCUUUCCAAAUAUACCCCAAAUUGUCAUUUUUUUUUUCUUGUUAUAAAAAGGCCAGUGGCGCAGCUCUUUGUGGGUGUGCAGUAAUCCUACAACCAUGUCCCCAGGAUACUUGAGGGGCCCACUCGGGGCCGCUGAACAGUGGGGUCAUUGUCACCCUCUCUCUGGACUCUUUUGUGACUGGCAUCCCCCUCAUCGGGGGAGGGAGGAGAAAGCCUUGACUCAGCAAUGGAGGAGCCAGCCCAAGGCGUCUGGCCUGGGGAGAAGUGACUUCAGACAAAGCCAACCCUGGGCUGGCCCUGGAGUCAGGAACCCCAGCCCCAGCCCCAGCCUGGGUUUCACUGUGGAUGCAACCGUGGCCAUUGGUGAAGUCCCAGCCUCUCAGUCCUAGAAGGGAACUUGGGGGCCAUCUGGUUCACUCUACCAGAACCCUUUUCUAGCAUCCCUAAUACAAGUUAAUCCCACCUCUGCUUAAAGACCUCCGGGAAUGGGAAAGCUACUGCCACCUCCCACAACAGCCUGCUGGAAACAGAUGGACAGGUGGCGAUUUCUUAGAAAAUGUUUGCAGUUUCCACCCAUUUCUUCAAGCAAAGACUGAGGUCAAACAAAGCAACUCCAAGGAUGGCAUAGUAGGAAACACACCUGACUUCAAGUCAGAAGACUCAUGUCUGGCUUCUUCUACUCAUUAUCUGCACGACCUUGAGCAAGUCACUCCCCUGUCUGAGCCUCAGUUCUCCCAUCCAUAAAAUGAGAAGGUUGGACUAGAUGUCUUCUGAAGUCUUUUCCAGGUUUGAUCUAAGGUCUAUGACUCCACAGGACUGCCUUUCUUCCAAUGACUGAAGACAGCCUUCAUGCAUUCCCUCGCCCGUCUUCUAUUCUCCAGGUUAACGGGACCCUAUUCCUUCUGCCUUCACAUGGCCUGUCCUCCAGAACUCUAGCUAUAACAGGUUUCAUUUCUAGAGCAUUUUAAGGGUUUUGAAGUACUUUUUACAUACAUCUUUUAAGAUAAGUACACCUUAUCCCCAUUUUAAAGAUGAAGAAAAUAAGGCUCAGAGAGAUUGUGAUCGCCCGGGGUCACAAAGCUAGAAGAAACUUAGGAAUCUGCUAACUCCAAGAAUGGGAUUCUUUCCAGCACACCACUAGGAUCUUGCUUCUUUUCUUCCAGAUUUUGUCUCUCUGGUUCUCAGUUUCCCCACAAAAUGAGGUGGUUGAGCUAAGGUCCUUUCUUACUCCAAAAUUCUAUUCCUCAAAUCCUGUUAUCAUCCAGAUCCAGCGGAAUCAUCAAAGCAAUUUUCAUUUUGCCUUGACUCUUAAUAUUGUUUUUUGUAUGAUACUGAAAUAUUUUAAUUUAUCCCCCCAGGGAAUUUAAGAACCUAUGUCUUAAUUUUUAACCACCUGUACUCUCACCCUUUGCACAUGUAAUCUGAUCAAGUGAGGGCAACAACCUUUGUACAGUUGUUGCCUUUGGGCUGGUAGAUAUUUGCAAAGAUAGUUUAAUGGUGGCUGAGAUCAGCUAAGAUGACUAGGUGGACAUUGCUGAGGUAUAGCUUGCAGUGCUCGCCCUGGUGGAUCAUCAGGCCAGCUGUGUCCCCUCCCCAUGACAGGGUGUUUCCAAUAGGGAGGGUAGGAGUGUCUUGGCUUCUGAGAAACCAGCACCUCUAGGAUCAAUCCUUCCCACUGACCAACGUACUUACAAUGUGAGUCCCUUUCCCUGUCCCUGCUUUUACCCCUUCUAAGAGGAUCUUAAAGUCUGGAGAAUAUGGAAAGUAGAUUAUCUCCGCCCCCCC